CCCCAAUCUCGCGUGGGACGGACAACACUGAUACAGUAGACAGAGCAUCUGCGCCUCCUGCAUCACAUUUACAUCAGAUUGUAUACGAGAUGUCCAAACCAUCGAAUAUAACCCGUCUUUAGGUCGAAACAGCUCUUUUCAAAACCUUAGCUCACUUCAUUUUGAUUCGUUUUAAGGAAGCCUGUACCGUGAAAAUGAGAUGAUAAACAUUUCAUCAACCCACACUUUGCUUUCUGUUGACUAAAUCCCUCUCUUUGAACUACAUCUGACCUUUUGAACGAAACCGACCCUGUCGAAAAGGAUUUCCUAGAAUCUCUCCCUCCCCGCCACCAAAAAAAGACAUUUUCAAAUGCCCAAAAACAGCAAAACCGUCAAGAGAGAGAUUGACGAUGACGAUGUUACGGAAUCUGUCAAAGAUUUGCUCUCCAAUGAAGAUAGCUGUGAGGACUCUUUCAAAAAGAGCUCUCUAAUGGUAGGAGAUGUUCCUCAGAAUAAGGAACGGGAUGUUGAAGAGGGCUCAGAGGAAGAGGAAGAGGAGGAGAGACCCGCCUGGAGCAGCAAGCUCCAGUACAUCCUCGCCCAAGUGGGCUUCUCAGUGGGCCUGGGCAACGUCUGGAGGUUCCCAUAUUUGUGCCAGAAAAACGGUGGUGGAGCGUAUCUGGUUCCCUACUUCAUUCUGCUGGUGGUGAUAGGAAUUCCCCUCUUCUUCUUGGAGCUAGCAGUGGGCCAGCGCAUCCGACGGGGGAGCAUCGGGGUGUGGAACUUUAUCAGUCCACGCCUGGGUGGCAUCGGCUUCGCCAGCUGUUUGGUGUGCUUUUUUGUGGCGCUCUACUACAAUGUCAUCAUCGGCUGGAGUCUCUUCUACUUCUCGCAGUCCUUUCAGCAUCCUCUUCCUUGGCACGAGUGUCCCCUGGUCAAAAACAAAACAAAUACAUAUAUCGAACCCGAGUGUGAGAAAAGUUCAGCUACUACGUUCUACUGGUAUCGUGUGGCCCUGGAUAUCUCCAAUUCCAUCUCUGAGAGUGGAGGACUUAACUGGAAGAUGACUUUAUGCCUGUUGGUUGCUUGGACCAUGGUGUGUCUUGCUAUGAUGAAGGGUAUCCAGUCUUCUGGAAAGGUGAUGUACUUCAGCUCUCUGUUCCCCUAUGUGGUGCUUAUUUGUUUCCUGGUUCGUGCUUUCCUACUCAAAGGUUCUAUAGACGGCAUCAUCCACAUGUUCACCCCGAAGCUGGAAAUCAUGCUGGAGCCCAAAGUGUGGCGUGAAGCUGCCACGCAGGUCUUUUUUGCCCUGGGUCUUGGUUUCGGUGGCGUUAUCGCCUUCUCCAGCUACAACAAGCGAGACAACAAUUGCCACUUCGAUGCUGUGCUGGUCUCCUUCAUUAACUUCUUCACCUCAGUGUUGGCCACUCUAGUAGUGUUCGCUGUGCUGGGCUUCAAAGCCAACGUCAUGAUUGACAAAUGUGUGGAAAUGAACACAAAGAAGAUCAUUGAUUUCCUUGGAAAAGAGAUUAAUCCAAGCUUGAUCCCACACCAUAUUAGCUUCAGUAAAGUUAGCCCAGAGGACUACCAGCAAAUGACCAGCAUUAUCCAGGGCGUGAUGGAAAACGAUUACCCACGCCUAGGCUUAGACAACUGCGACAUCAAAGAGGAGCUGAACAAGGCGGUGCAGGGCACAGGCUUGGCCUUCAUCGCUUUCACUGAAGCCAUGACCCAUUUCCCAGCCUCACCUUUUUGGUCUGUGAUGUUCUUCCUUAUGUUGGUCAAUCUGGGACUGGGCAGCAUGUUUGGCACUAUCCAGGGCAUCCUUACCCCCAUUGUGGACACCUUCAAAGUACGGAAGGAAUACCUCACAGUUGGUUGCUGUGUACUUGCCUUCUUUAUUGGUUUAAUAUUUGUCCAGCGAUCUGGGAACUACUUUGUGGCCAUGUUUGACGAUUAUUCUGCCACUCUCCCCCUGCUCAUUGUUGUUCUUCUGGAGAACAUUGCUGUGGCCUGGGUCUACGGCACCGACAAGUUCUUUGAGGAUCUGAAGGACAUGCUUGGUUUCACUCCAUACCGCUUCUAUUACUAUAUGUGGAAGUUUGUUACACCAGUUCUGCUGCUGGGUCUUCUGGCUGCAAGUCUCAUUCAGCUGGGACUGUCGCCACCUAGUUACAGCGCAUGGAACCAGCAACUGGCUCAAGAACAGACUCUCAGCUAUCCGCCCUGGGGCCUGGCUGUCUGCAUCUCACUGGUGGUCACCGCCAUCCUCCCCGUGCCUGUGGUUUUCAUCCUGCGCUGUCUGAACAUCAUCGACGAGAACGCAGGAGGCCUGUCCACCGUCUCCUACAAGAAGGGCCGCAUUAUAAAAGACACCGCUUGUAGGAGCAGAGAAGAGGAUGAAGAUGACGCAAGUCUUCUUAACGCAAAGUCGCCGAGCGAAGCCCCAUCGCCCAUGCCGGCCAACUACCGUAAGCAGAACGGCCCUGCUUCAAGUGCAGACGUCACGCUCAACGGGAGCUGCAGCACUGGAUACACAAUGCCGAAUAUCACAGACAUUCCGGACAUGCCCGAAUCUGAUUUGUGAGGACUUGUCCGGUGUCAUCUGUAACUGCGAGGACCUCUUCAAGUUCCAGAUCUUCAGAUGUCAAUCACCUGAGUAACCCGUCUCCCUCUCAUUGAGAUGAACAUGAAUGCUAACAGACAGCAAGCUUCGAACAGCUCGCUUCCAUCCACACUGGUCCAGCACAUUUCUAAAGCCUGGUUACACAGACAGGGCUUAGAUUAAGCCAGGAUUAGGCCUUAGUUCAAUUAGGACAUUUAAGUAGCUUUUAUAAACGCACCCUAGACAAAAAGAUUACAGGUGUGCAUCUUGAGACAAAACACUGGCACUGACAUAUUUUUUCCGAUAUGUCAGUGCAGGUUGCUUUCAGUUAAAAAAAGAUCAACAGCCUUGUCUGUGAAACCGGGUAAUUGUAUUAUAUGUGUAGCUAGCGCUAACGCACUCCUUCCCCUAUCCCGACCCAUUGCCCCAACUGCUUACACGCACUUACCCGACUCUAGGGUCCCUGGUUUAUGCUUUGCUGUAGAAUGGCUAUUUGUAAAAACAGAUAAUGUUGCAAGGCAGGGCAGUUACUGUCCACAAAAAAAGACAUUCGAAGCGGUUUAACAGCUGUUAAAAAGACUAGAAUGUAAAUGUAUGCGUAAAACGUGGAAAACAUGCAAUACGUUUAUUUUGGAUGUAAUUAAAUCAUUGUGUAUGGAUUGCAUUUAUACUACCUUAAAAAUAUGUGUGCCUAAUCAUGUUAAUAGAAUACAAGGAGAGAAUGUUGUACAUUUAAGGUAUUCUGUAAAUAUAUUAUGAAUACAUGUAUUCUAAUAUAGUUUGGAAUACAGAUCAUGUUUUUUUGGUAAGAAGUGCUUAAAAAUCCAUUACGCUGACUUUUUUUUUUUUGUUUGUUUGUAUAUUUGCUGAUGUGGUAUCAUUGUAAGGAGUCUUGAUACUCCUCCCUCUACCUGUAUAUGAAGAGUUCAGAUGCAAAAGCCUCUAAAUGCCAUUUGAAAUUUUCUUCUUUAAUGAUUAUUUUGAUCAAAUUUGUAUAUUUAAGUUCAGUAAUUUCACUUAAAUGGCAAUGAUAAUUACCUAUUAAUUGUUAUUUAAGUGAAAUUACUGAACUUAAAUAUACAAGUUUGAUAAAAAUCAUCAUUAAAGAAGAAAAUUUCAAAUGGCAUUUAGACUUUUGCAUCUGAACUCUUCAUAUAUUUUUCAUGAAUUUGCUCAAUGACGCAGUAUUUCCUUUCUCAGUAUUGAGAUUAAAUGAAAGGAUUCAGACA